AUAUACGUCUAAGACAAAAACACCUUAAAGUGUGUGUAGUUAGACUCGAUCACGUCCUAACAAAGACAGCAAGGCAGUUGACGUGACGGAGUCAUGGGGAGAUAGGAAGGGAGAAACUUUCUUUCUGGUAAGCUUCUUGUCUUUGGUUUCAUCUCGUCCACUACCAUCAACUCGAGGACCGGGUGACGUGAUAAAUGGAUGGACCCGAGGGCGGCGGAGAAACUCCCUCUUCGUCUCUCCUCUUCCCAGGGACAAGGAGAGAAGCCCACGUUCUCUCGCUCCAUUGCGUAUUUAUAGCUGUCGAUGCGAGGUGGUGUUUACUGUCCACUUAUUUAUUCGUCCCUUCGAUUCUAUGUGGCUUCCCGUUGAGGUGUUUGAAUGCUGCCACCGUAUUCCCACCACAGAGGAUAGAGGAGAAGCCGAGGGAGAUGCACCGCAAUGCAGCGUCCUACAAUUGCGCCGGCGUCAAGGCGGAGUUGGCCGAUGCAAGGAUUGUUCAUGGCGAUUAUGAGCCCCCGGCGUGCCCCAGGCCUCGCAGGCCUGAAGCGGCCGCGCCGGAGUUCCUCUUCCCUCUUAGCUGUAAGCACAGUCAUGCAAGCCAUCAGGGGAGCAGCCAAGUCCUGGACAUGAUAUCAAGAAAGAAUGACGAAGGAAGAGAAUCUAUCAGCACAGGAUGUCCACCUUCUUGCUACUGUGGGUCUCCUCCAAGAAGAUUGGAUAACCCUUUGAUUCAUGAUGUGCAAUUUGUUCAGCAGACAGAGAUACUCUCACCAUUGACACUGAGUAAGUUGUCUAAUAGGUAUGGCUUCAGCUCAGCACCUCCAAUAUGAUGUGUUAAAGUAGCACAAGAAACAACUUGGACUUGGAGGAAGAGCCUCUCAGAGAUCAACCAAUCAAAUCCUAGGGUUUUAGAAGUGAGACAACCAUCAUCACAAGUAACUUGCAAAUGUAUCAUAUCUUCUUCUCCUUUAGUUUCCAUUUUAUAGCUGGGCCAGGAUCUCUGUAAUAUGUACAUGGCAGGUUCGAUAAAGUUUUCAUUUUUCAUUAUUUUUUUUUUUUUACUUUGAAGUUUUUACGGGAUCGACGUAUUGUAUUUAUCGAACCUGAAAUGCUAACCAUUGAAUGGAUCAAAAAGAAUUACAUGAAUGUGAGCUCAGUAAUGGUCCUUGUAAUCAGUCUGCUUAAUUACCACAAGAUGCAUAUGGUAAUACAAACUUUCAGUGG